AUGCCUCCCAUCCGAGCGAAUUCCGCUGGCGCCCGGCGUAAAGCAAAGUGGGGGCAAGGCAGGAAGUCGAAAGGCAAGAGCCUGCCACCGCGCCCUGACCUCAAGUUCUACCCUGGACACAAAGGUCCCUUAGCACGUCAGGGAGCGUUCAGUGAAAGCUGCAUAGACGACCAGAUCGCCGCGUCUGCCACGAUGCUGAAAUGCUUUUCACCUCUGGUUCAACCGUCGGGGCUGCCUCCUCGAAUUCUGCUUGGGAUGCGGCGAUCUCCGAGACUUGCGCCUUGUUACAGUCCGUCCUCGCCCACAGACGCCCGCUCCCACAAUCAAACUGCAUUUCCAUCAAGGCAUGCGCUAGAUGGAGAAAAGCCGAAGGACGCCACAGCCGAUUGGGGCUCGGGUCUUUCUAGACGCUUGAACAGGCAAGACUCCCAUAUAGACGCGGCCACGGGAGCAUUAGCGGCUCCAGCUCCGGCAUCCAUGAUGGCAAUAUCCAUUUGCCAGGCAACGGCAGCUGGGGGCGGAGCUAAUGCUGCGGCGACCUUAAUGGGGGAAGACGCUCACUAUGGGUCGCGAGCUCACGCAAACGCUGGUUCAACUGAAAGUGGCGUAACGGUCCGGUACGUGAAGGCAUCGAAUAUCUCAACCGAUCCGAGGUUCCUCGAGAUGCAAGAGGUGCUGUCGCGCUACAAAGAGCAACUGGACAGUUCCGCUGCCCCAUAUACAUCAGUCCGCUUCAGCACUCCUCCGACCAGACGCUUUCAGACGGAAGCAAGAUGGGAGCUGAAGGUGCGAGCCUCAAAAGGUGGCGAAGCGUACUCAGACGUCGAUUUCUGGAAUGCAGUGGACGGACUGGAAUCGUUCGUACGAGCCAGCUCGUCUGCAUCUCCUUCCCUUAGAGGACCUCUGUUGUCAGGCCGGAAGCAUCCUUCCGCGUUCUGGAAUCCCAAAUCCUACCAGAGCUGCGGAGGCAUUCCUACUGAGGCCGAUGCCGCAGCGCGCUUGCGUGCGUUUGCUGACGAGAUCCAGAGCCGCCUGAGAGAGAUUCUUUCGUGCCGCGACACGUAUUUUCGCCUUGCGCAAUUGGACUCUGUCUACGCUUGGUUUUGCCGCGAGCGAGCUAUCCAGCUCCGCUGUGCGCGGCCUUCCAACGGCGACAGGGCGGAGACCAUCGAAGUCAGUGAGAAAACAUCGGCAGCCGUUUCUGACAACAGCGCCGUAUUGCCGCCUCUCUAUCCCCCGCCGUUGCUGCCCUCCGCCAGCGAUGCGUUCGACGCCGCUGCCCUCGCCUCUUGCGAAGGAUCAGCCUUCUACGACCCAACGCUGUGGGCCCGGUCGCCGGCCGUCGUGGGGGACGCUCCAGUCUCAGACUGUCUGAACGACGACGGAGCGUUUCAGAAUUCGACUCGUCGGGAGCAGCCGCCAAACAGAGACCGAGAGAGCGGACGCUCGAGUGCAUCCUCCGUCGGCAGUUGUCGCCGCUCCUCUCUCCUUUCAGCCGCAAGCAGCCGCGGACAGAUCGCACCGAGUCGCGUGUCGCAGCCCGAAUCGCGUACUGCCGAGAGCGAGGGGGGCGGACUUCCCGGUGCCGAGAGCGAGGAGGGCGGACUUCCCGGUGCAGAGCGCUCGGAUGACGACCCCCGUGCGCGCUGCUGUAAGCGUCCACACACUCAACAGUUAGGAAAUGCGUCAUCUCUUGCAUUUGUUCAAGACCACGCUCCACUCAUCACCCCCAGCGAUUACCUGCUCGAGCUGGAUACUCGGGAACUCCUCCCUCCUGGGGAGGCUGACGACUUGAUCGGCUCAUGGCGUUUGCGCGUGUUACCCCAGAGCAACGUCUGUGCCCAGCGUCAAGAGAAAUCGGCAUCCAGUCCUGGGUGCCUUGGGCGGCGCAGCAUCGCUGAUAGACCCGACGGGAGUCAGGCAUCAGCGGAGGCCAACGCGGACACGAGCGAUAGGACGUGGGCGGAAACAUGCAGCCGCAAAUACCAGGGCGAUCUUCAGCAGAGGUACCUUCGAGACCGCCGGAAGCUGCGGCCGCCGUGGGGCAUGACCAACAUUCACGCCGUCUCUUCAUUUGCAAACAAUCAAGACAGAGGCGCCGGCGACGCCCUUCGCGCGCCCCCCCGACCGUCGACGCGUUUUGAGAGAUCUGGGCUCCCCCAAGAUCUACCUUUGCAGGUAACGAGCUACGCGUACGCCGGAGAGAAGAAGCCGAGCGUCGCUGAGAAAAACCUGGAGGAGCGCUGGUUGAUUCGGCGCCACCGAGACGUCACUCGAAUGCGGCAGCAAACAGCUAGGAAGGAGGUGAUGGGCGAAUGGUGCCGGCGACGCUCGCUCCUCUUAGCCAGGGCCCAGAGAAACGUUGACGAAAUUCGCAGUUGGAAGCCAAAACCUACUCCUUCGACUUCUUCGUCUGAGUCCUCGUCUGAGGCAGAAGAAGGUCCGAGCGCGCCCCCCGCGGCCGCGCGAGACUCCGGACCGCGCUGGAGCAUUGACAGCCGACGAGCUUCAAAUUACUUCAACUCCCUGGGGUGGCGGGCAUUCAUGAGCGUGAUAGCGAAGCGAGAGUCUCAGCUGACUUUGCGAGGCGAAGCCCGUAACGAAGAACAACGCAGCGAGACAAGUCGAGCGGAAAACCGGCGAGGUCCGGCGGCAGACUCUGACGGUCAGCGAGCAGGAAGCGACAGCGACAGCGCGCCUUCUCGCUCUUCGUCGGACUCAGCAAGAGACGCAGAUGACCUCGAUGAGGAGGACGAAGAAACAGAGAAAAGAGUUGCAGACGCCGCGCCGGAAGACGCCCUGCGAGGCCUGCCCGUAUUCGCGGAGCGACCGAGCGAAGAAGGGCUGCAAGCGCGAGGGUCGCUCUCUCCUCAGUUUCCUCUGCGAAGCGCGUCUGGCGGAAAAACGCAUUCCCCCUCGUUGGCGGCGCCAUCAGCGCCGGGAGCUCCGCUGCGUAGAGUGCAGUCCGUCAUUUCGGGAUCUGCGCUGCUUCGCCAGCAUCUGACGCAAACGCAGGAAGCGCAGCUCCGGUACGCGAAAAAAGAAGAGGAGGCGAGCAGGGAGCUCUCGGCGGCCGCCGCGUCACCUCCCCGCGCGAGGCUCGCAGGGAAGGACGACGGCAUUCAGGCACCAGCCGGGGCGGGCGAAAGAGAUGGACAAGGUUUUCUUGACUCCCUUCCCUUCUCUCCGCUGCCUUCUGCGUCGCCCGCGAGCCCCUUAAACAUGCAGCUGGUCAUCGCUGUUGCAGGAAGGAGAAGCGCCGAAGACGCGCGAGGCGACGAAGGCGAUCAAACGCACCGCGGCAGAGACACCAGCCACGAAUCUGAGAGUGAAGACGCCAGGGGCGAACCGCAGGACGCGAGAGAGCGGAGGCUGCAGCAAGACAUUGAACGCGCCUUGAGACCUCCAAUGAAAGCGCCUUCCGUCUGGAAUUCUGACCGGGGGCCGUUCAUCCCUCGCCUGCUCCUGAACGCGCUAUCGAAGCCAAGAAAGAAAUCUGUCGGUGACAAAAAGGGCAAUGCCAAGAAGCCACGCUAA